ACAAGCAGUUAGCCAGUAUGCAUAGUUUAUUGAUAUUUUGCAGAUGACUUUGUUUAGAGUUGGUUUAAAAACUUGCCAACUACUUACACGUCAUAAUUUAAAAGGUUUCAAAUCUUUUAACAUGGAAUCGCCGUAUUUUAACCAACGUGCAACAAGAUCGUGUUUUACUGUGAAAGUGAAAGUAGAAACUGAUGUUCAGCAACUGCAAGAGUCGUCCAACGCAACAAAAAAUAAUGCCCCGCCGCGGAAAAGAAAAAUAAAGGAAAAGGUGGAAAUAAAGUAUGAAGAGUCUGAGACAGUCGACAGUGUGAAGAAAGAACUUUGUAACUGGGAACCCCCAAUGUGGAGGGAGCAGCUGAAAAAUAUUUACGAGAUGAGGAAAAACAGGGAUGCUCCUGUAGAUUCCAUGGGUUGUGAUGUUAUAAGCGACGCUCUUGCAUCUCCUGAGGUGUACAGAUAUCAAGUCCUGGUUUCACUCAUGCUCUCAAGUCAAACGAAGGACCAGAUAACCUCAGCGGCCAUGAAGAAGUUGAGGGAGCAUGGAUGCAGCAUUGACAGCAUAUUGCAGACUUCAGAUGAAGUUUUAGGACAGCUGAUUUAUCCUGUUGGUUUCUGGAGGAGAAAAGUGGAGUAUAUAAAGAAGACAAGCAAAAUUCUACAGGAGGAGUACAAUGGAGAUAUUCCAGAGUCUGUGGAGAAGCUAUGUAAGCUGCCAGGAGUUGGACCCAAGAUGGCCUACCUGGUGAUGAAGUGUGCCUGGAAUCAGGUUCAGGGUAUUGGAGUGGACACACAUGUUCACAGGAUUUCCAAUCGGCUUGGCUGGGUCAAAAAGCCGACAAAACAGCCGGAGGAUACAAGGAAAGCACUGGAGGACUGGUUACCAAGGGAAAACUGGAGUGAAAUCAAUCAUUUACUGGUUGGGUUUGGACAACAGACUUGUCUACCAGUAGGACCAAAGUGCUACCAAUGCCUGAAUAAACCCAUCUGUCCCUUUGGCAAAACAAAUAAAAAGACACCUUCCCCAAAGAAAAUCAAGAAGGAAGAGGUCAAAGAAGAAACUGAAUGAAUUAAUCAGCCUGGCUUGUACAUCUGCUGCUACUUGUAUAACACUUUUACUUAAUAUGCAAGAAAGAAAAAGAUAUAAAGUGUUAUUCAAAAUGUUUA